GUCUUUAAAAGCAGCUCAGCUGCCAAAGAAAUGCUUCCUCCAGGCUGUAAACCAGUCUGACCAGCUGUCGACGUAUGAUCACUGCCUCACAUUUCUCCGUUGGCUUCCUCAAAGAAAUCAUCACUGCAGUUUGAUGUUCUCUCUCUGAUCUGUGGAUGUUUACAGUGGAAGAAGAUGGACAACUCAGAGGAGGAAAUGUUCUACCAAUUAGAUUACGACUACAACGACACUGAUGUUGACUACCUGAUUGCACCUUGUUCAUACCAGAACACGCACAGAGUUGAGCUGGUGGUCAUACAGUACGUCCACAUCAUCAUCUGCAUCCUGGGCUUCGUAGGGAACAGCCUGGUGAUCGUCACUUAUGCCUUCUACAAGAGUACCAAGUCCAUGACGGACGUCUACCUGCUGAACGUGGCCAUCGCAGACUUGCUGUUCGUGGUGUCGCUGCCUCUUAUCGUCUACAACGAGCUGUUGGCGUGGCCGAUGGGGCCGGUGGCCUGCAAGCUGCUGCGCGGCUCCUACAGCGUGAACCUGUACAGCGGCAUGCUGCUGCUCGCCUGCAUCAGCACUGACCGCUACAUCGCCAUCGUCCAGGCCCGUCGUAGCUUCAGACUGCGCUCGCUGGCGUACAGCCGCCUCAUCUGCGCCGUCGUCUGGGCCUCCGCCCUACUGCUGUCCAUCCCAACCUUCUACUUCUACAGCUGGUACCAGCCGUCCCACAGCAUGGACGCCUUCAUGGAAGAGGAGGAGAGAAACCAGACCUCCGGGCCUCCACAGUACAUCUGCGAGUUCAGGUUCACGGACAAAACCACAGCAUUGAAUACCAAGAUGGCGGUCCCCAGCAUCCAGCUGGCCGCGGGCUUCUUCCUUCCGCUGCUUGUCAUGGUCUGUUGCUACACCGCCGUCAUUGUCACCCUGCGUAAAGCCAGAAGCUUCCAGCGGCACAAGGCGAUGCGAGUGGUGCUGGCCGUGGUGGCGGUUUUCAUCGUCUGCCACCUGCCCUACAACGUCACGCUGCUCUACGACACCGCCAACAUGUUCGAGCUGCAGUCAUGCCAAGAGUCGGACAUCCUGCAGGCGGCCAAGGUGGUAACGCAGACCGUCGCCUACCUGCACUGCUGCCUGAACCCGGUGUUGUACGCCUUCGUCGGGGUGAAGUUCAGGAACCACUUCAGGAGGAUCUUCCAGGACCUGUGGUGUCUGGGGAAGAGCUACAGCGCCCCGCCGCUCGGUGAACGGAUCCAGCAAAAAAGCGGCUCGUCUUUCACCAUGUGAGGACACCCGGCAGGUUCAUGUGUUGACUAGAAACUUCCCUCCUUGAACCAAAUAUCCAGAAACUUUCCUCGUAGACCCAAAUAUCCAGAAAGUUCCCUCCGAGACUCAAAGAUCCAGAAAGUUUCCUCCUAGACCCAAAGGUCCAGAAAGUUUCCUCUUAGACUCAAAGAUCCAGAAAGUUUCCUCUUAGACUCAAAGAUCCAGAAAGUUUCCUCUUAGACCCAAAGAUCCAGAAAGUUUCCUCUUAGACCCAAAGAUCCAGAAAGUUUCAUCUUAGACCCAACCAUCUCUGGAAAGGUCUGCAGGUCUCUGGAGGUCCAAACCUGACUCAACGCUGUAAAUCAUUUAGUAAUAAAUGAGUAGUAAUGCUUCAUGCUGCAGGGUAACAACAAAUCUGAGGGAUUUUAAGAUAUGAUUUAAAACAUAAUAAAUUAGAC